AUGCCACGUGGAGCUAAAAAUGGAUGCAUUCUGCCUUCGUCCCUCCUAGGAAAAGCACACAUUUCUGAUCCAGAUCAGCUCCGAAGUGAUCCGGCAUACCCCCGGAUUCAGAGCGACUCUAAUCGUCAAUCAACUAAUGAUAUCAUACAGGCUACAGAGAUCGCCACGACAUAUUUGGCCAAAACAGCAUCGGAUCGUAGAACCGUAAUGUGUCAGUUUUUCGAGUUCCAUCUCGAUGCUGAGACGGGCAGAGCUGAAAAGCUGUCUGACAUCGAUGACAACAACGACAGACGGUAA